CUCUCAUAUCCUCCAAAAGUCAAGCCCAAUCUCUUGCAUUUGACAACACCCAUUGGUUUCAUCAACAUCAGUAGAUUAAUCCCUUCUCUUCUCUUCUCUUCUUCCCCACACCACACCACACCAUACCACACACGGCUGCGGCUGCUAGCAUAAAAAACCGGGGGCGAGGCAGUACCUAGACUAGACUAGAGAGAAGAUCUCUAGAGCAGAGCAGAGCAGAGCAGAGUACUACUUUGUGUUGUGAGGAGGAGAAGGGAGAGAAUGAUGGAGGUGGCGGCGGCGUGGGACCAGUUCAAGGAGGAGGUGGAGAUCAUGGAGGAGGACAACGGUGGUGCCGCCGCUGCUGCUGCCGGGGAGCUGCUGACCAGGGAGAUCAAGAAGAGGCUGCUGGUCCAAGCCCAUGAGAAUGGGAAUGGCCAUGGCCAUGCCAAUGGAGGAGGAGCAGAGGAGCCCGAGGCUGCUCCCGAGGUGGAGGAGGAGGAGGAGGAGGAGGAGGGUCCUGAAGAGGAGCAGCAGCGUCACAAGAGUAUCUUCUUGGAUGCAGCCAAAGUUCCUGAUAUUAUUAGUGAGGUAAGUGCCAGAUAUUUGGUCACGGGAACGAUGCGAUCUGGUGACGAAAAGGAAGACGCAGGUGAAACUCCGAGUACAAAAGACAAGCAGCUUGAAGCACAUGAAAAUGGCAGUGUUCAAGAAAUCAACCAUGGCCCAAGCAACCGCGAGUUAGAAAAUGGAUCACACUCAAAUGGUUCACAUCAGGUCCCCAACGGCGCUGAACCUAAGACAGAGUACCUGUUCGAAAUCAACAAGACUGAAAUUCACCCAACUGAAGUUGACAAGGACGAACCGGUCACCGAGGCUCAACCGAAGGUCGAAGAGUACGACCUCGAGAAGAUUUUGGACCAGCAAGAAACUCAUGACCUGUUCUGUCCCAACUGCAAGUCGUGCAUAACUCGGAGGGUGAUCCUCAAGAAGAGGAAAAGGACAGUAAGGCCAGCAACCCCCGAUGGACCGUCGAAGAGACCGUACACUGAAGAAGUGCUAGUGCCACUGCCUUCUGCUACUCUAUCUCGAAGUGAUGAGCAAGAGUCACCCGACGUGUUCAGAUGUUUGUCAUGCUUCUCCUUCUUCAUUCCAGCAGCAGGAUGCAGUUUCAACAUAUUCCGUAUAUUUGGGAGGAGGGAUGUGGACGGACAACCUGAUGUUCUGCCUCCUCCUGCAUCAGAGGACACGCCUCCUCGCUCUGAAAACUGCACAAGCUGGCUUCUGUCAUGUUUCCAGCCAGGAGAUAGCCCAAACCAACCUGCUCCUGCUGCAGAUCCACUGACGGUACCGCAGUCGACAGUCGAAUCUUCUUCGGAGAACCAAGCUGCUGAAAAUCCAGCGACGAUGCCACUGCAGUCUGAGACGCGGAACUCCAAUGAUACAACCACAACAACUGAAUCUAGCACAUCCUAUAUUCAUCAUAGUCAUGGCACAGUUGUAAAACCAGAGCACUCAAUAACCGGAUCAUCGUCGGAAGAUCAGACGACGACAACCACCACAACUAGGACGACGAAAGCAACAGCUACGUCAUCCUCUACAACCACAUCAAAAGCAGCUAACACAUCAUCUCGCACACAGUCUGCUACAGAAUCGUCGCGUGCAGGGAUCUUCCACACAGACACACUGGAAGUGAUAACCGGUGAAAUGCCUCCCCCGAAGCCUGCCGGUGGUGCUAUCAUGGAUGGAAAUCACCACCUACUAGGCCAUGAAGAUGUUCACAGAGCUGCAACGACUACCUUCGAGAAUGGCUUUACAACCCAUUCAGUUCACACAUCAGGAGCGAAGGUCGAUGGCCCGAAUGUGACGAAUAUCGCGAGGGGCGACAUAUCAACUACGCCGAUUCCUGAAGCAACAGGUCCACAUCAUGUAGCGGUAUCAGUCCCUGAAGAAGUGAAUCUGGUUGCUCCUAGACCACAACAGAGGGAUGACUGGGAUAUACUGAAAGCUAUAGUGUAUGGAGGCUUAGUGGAGUCAGUCACCAGCCUCUCUGUUGUUUCGGCGGCAGCAUCAAGCGGCGCCAAAACAUUGGACAUAUUCAUCUUGGGCAUGGCCAACCUUAUCGGAGGGCUCCCUCUCGUUUACCACAAUAUCGCCGAUCUGAGAGAUGUCCGAGACGUGAGCGACGACAACGAGCGGGUCGGACACUACUGGCUGCAGCUCGGGAGGCGGUCGAAAGCCCGGCUCCACAUGGUCCUGGCCCUGCUCUCAUACAUGGUGUUCGGGCUACUUCAACCGGUUGUCUACGGGCUGUCGUUCCGCGAGAGCAACAACAGGGAGAACAAGAUGAUGGCCGUCGCCGGCGCUUCCCUCGCGUGCAUCGCUCUGCUGGCGCUCGGAAAGGCGCAUGUCCAGACAGCACCCAGGGCAUACUUCAAGACCCUCGUGUACUACCUGACGAUCGCCGUGAGCUCGUCGGGGCUGUCGUACGUCGCCGGCGUGCUCAUCACGAGGCUCCUGGAGCACUUUGGUGUCAUCGAGCAAGGCGGGUCGGCUGCUCCUGCUCCUCCAGGGCUGUCGUUCGCUCAUUCAGUGGGUGCACAAACAUCUGCCUGGGCCUCAUUCUAAAGUCUGAACUCUGAAGUUCAUGGGAACACUGGUGCAAAAAAAGAAGACAUGUAGGAGGUGCACACUAGGAGAUGUAGCACUAGCUAGAUUACCUUGUGCCACAUCUUGGGCUUCAGUUAUUAGUACUAAAACAUGAAGGCACACAUUAAGACGGUAGAAACAUACAAUAUAAUUAGAACAGAUGUCUGGUUGAGCUUCA